ACGAUCGUUUUGUUGCGUUGGUUCUUACCGUAUCGCGUUGCAUUCGUUCAUAGUUCCACUCUAUUCUCAUAACAUUUCAUGAAACACUCAAAAAGUCAAGUACUCACUCGAAACUGCCUUUCUACUUCCUUCCGCGACUCUCCAGUGUGUGUGUGCGUGAGUCAAGAUCUUUUUUACCCCCCCACAAGGAACUUAAACUACAACUACAACCAGCUCAAAAUAAAUACGAAACUCUCGUAUUCGAAGUCCAAGCCACGCCGUCUGCCUCGAAACUUUUCCUAAAAAUAUACUCUCAUGUGCCUAACGAAGACGUAAAUAUAACUAUGAGAACCGCUCAUCGAGCUAGAAAAGCAAUUCGAGAUAAGUGGGUAAAGAUGUAUCAGUGCAUAUGAUACUUAUGUUGCAAAAACAACUCUCCGAACUUAUGAUACUUUUAAAAAAGAUCGCUGCCUUAUCCCCUUUUGGAAGAACGUUUUUAUUAAGGCUUCUCUCUCGAUACGAAACUUUUUAUACCAAGAGAUCGUUAUAUUUUUCUACCGUUUAUAACUCCGAGGGGCAUUUUACUGCUCGUUUUUAUUGCCAAGAACCUCUCAUAAAGAUAAUAGAAGUUUCUCCAAGUACAAGGGCUGUAAAUUUUGGGAUCUGACUCAAUAUCUAAUCUACAAAAAAAAAGAUUUUAUCUCAAAGAUAUAGUGUAUGCGACGAUUUUAAAUUCCUUAUAAUACAUUCUGUCUGCACCUGCAGACCGGACAGCGAGCGCAGCUGCGACGAGACUGCUUUCACAGAGUUGAGUAGGAAGUCGCGACUCAAAGUCAGGUGGAGGAGGAAGGAAAGGAAUAAGGAUAGUAGACGGAGGGAGAGAAAACGAAUAAGGACAGUGAAGGAAGAGGACAGGGAUAGUGGAUCAGAAAAAGUGGAGGGUGGGAGUGAAAAAAGGAAGGUAGUGCGAUUUAUAAAGCGAACUGUAGAGGGCCCGAUAGGCAGGGUGGCCGCACGAGUGCACCUUUGGGGAACGGCAGGAGGGUUCUCUCCCUCUGCACCCUCAGGACGGGGAUGUCCCGAGAACGAGGGAACCCCCCCAGUCGCCCGCGCGUCAAAAACUCAUCGUCCCAUGGGCGCCAGCCUCACUAAACAGAGCAGGAGGGAGGCCACGCAACGAGAUGUGGAACGAGAGCGACGACUACGAAUGGAGGCAGAGGCUCGAAGUCGUGAGGCUACGGCCGAAGCCGAACGAGCACGCUCCAGGGUUCAUCAUCUUCAGAGAGAGUUGGUCCGGAUGGAAGAGUCGUCUCGGGGGCUCUUACAACAUAAGCAAAGAGCGGAGCAGCUGAAGCAGGAGAAAACAGCUCUCACUAUUUCCUACGAGACGCGAGUGCACCAGUACCAGACGCAGAUCUCGAAGCUCCAGCUGGAAAACGAGUCGAUGCGAGGGCAAUUAAGGGGCCUGGAAGCAGCAUGUGCAGGUGAAGUGCACGCUGCAUUGGUGGCAAGGUUGGCCACCUUGGAGACCGAACACACGGCCCUUGUUCGGGACGCAGACGCCCAGCGUCGUCAAUACGAGCGGUGCCUCGACGACGUUGCCAACCAGGUGGUCCGUGCCCUUCUGUCCCAAAAGGGAUUAAGAGAAGAGAUAGGAGCCUUGCAGAGGCGCAUUCGUGAACUUGAGGCCCAAAAUCGGGCACUUUCGGGCCUUUUGGCUCAAGCAGCGAGUCCGGGAACACCUACUGAACUGAUCCAGAAUCUCCUGGAAGCUGGCCCUACCGCUUUGGUAGCAGCCCUUGGACUGGAUUCCUCUUGGGUGUCACUUUCGAGACCAAGAUCCCUAAAUCUACAAAUACCUGUGAUGGCUACCGCCAAGUGCCGACGGAACAGAACUCUGGGCCAGAAACCAUCGGAGGAAGAAGGUAGCGAGAGUCCCGAGAGUGGAAAUCGAGACGAGGGGUAUUCGACGAUGUCGAGCGACGUUCAAGGCGAGGGUACUCGUCAAGAACCGUCGCGAGGCCUCGAAGAUUUGAAGGAAGCGACUGACGAGACCGAGGGUGACGUUUCACCCGACGCUCGUUUAGUCGCCCUGGACGCUGGCGAUCCGGACGUUCUUUUUCUCCCCCUAAAUCUCACUCUCGGGCUCAAUCCAAGACACAGCUAUCCGCCUACCAAAGACUUACUUCCCUAUCAACAUGUCAUCAGGAGUUUUUCCGACAGUCACCUCUGUCUGAAACUUACUGCGACCACCAAUAUCACCCCUUACAUCGGCAGUCCUGCCUCCUCUCUUCUUCUCGUGGAAGAGGAGGGCUGGGAUGCGGAAUAUGUUCAGCAAUGGUUGAGGCUGGAUGACACUAGGAGUGCGCAGCAGCACCGCGACCUCCUCGAGCUCGAGUACGACAGAGCAGAGCUCGAAGACUGGAGCUUUUCAUUGUCCAGCGAAGAUCUAGCUCAAAAUGAAUCGGCGGCAGCUUGGAAAGAACCGGUUGCCACUGCCGCUCUGCCAGCGAUCAAGGAACAGAAUCCCGUCGAACUCGAGGAAGAUGCCAACGAAUGCUUGUGGAACGGCGCUAGCUAUCUGGCCGAUCGAACUGGUGGAGAACUGGUCGCCUUGUUAAUGGACGCGCGAUCAGCAGGACCUUGGCCCUACGCCUCGAGUCCUGGAGCCUCCGGGGCUUCCUGGAGCAGUGAAGAAGGUGUCUUGGAGAAUUCGAGUAAAAGAUCGUCGGCAGCCCUUUCCGGUUGUAGUGACGAUCCCGACUCGCCCUCCAUCGGCACCGACUUUACUCGCGACUUUUACAGACUCGUAAAAUUCGAGAGCACCAAGAGUUUAGCGAGCACGUCUUCGAGAGGCGGAAAACCGCCUCCAGACAAAGAACAAGCAUUACAAAGUGUACUCUCCUUCAUUGCCGAACAACAAAUGUAUCUUGCCGAAUCACCGCGCAACUCCAUCGAACAGGACCAUGGCUCAUCAACUUUUUCCAAUAAUGUUUUAGAAGUCCACGGCCACAAAAAUGAUUGUCCAGAAAUCUAUCGUUCUGAAAUGAAUGGAGAUGUAAAAAAUUCCGGAAAUGGUUUUGAAUCCGGAACUGAUGAUUUAUUAGACCAAAUACCAGUUCCACCUCUGGCACCUGAAGAAAGAAUUAUUAGUGCGAUCAAUUGCAAUGGAAGUGUCAGCUAUACUGCUGCAACUUGUGAGUUAGGAGCUGUUCCGGAAGAAGAUGAAGAGGCUGCUACUUCUUCUACUCCAAGCACUGUUGUAAGUCCAGCCAGAGGUCCACUUUUGGUCGAAGGAAGAGAUCGAACUUUGAGUUUUCAUGAGCGUGCUACCUCGAAGGAUGUUAUAGACGAGCUAAAUCGUAUGAUCAGAAAAGGAGAAGAAAAUAAUGCGUGUCAGGAUACGCAAGUAGUUUUAGAAAAAUUGGAUCUUGCUUGCUGCUGUCCCACUGGAUGGGUUCACGUUGAACGUGAAAUCGACUUUACCGACCCAAAGGCUAGAGCAAACUUGUUAGACGUGAUGUUGGCGAGCAGCGAAAGUUCUUCAGCAACAUCGAGUAGUGGAUCAGCGGGUAGCGAUUCGGGGGAUGAACCUCCGGAUUAUCGCCACCUUCACAGGUUACAUCGCUAUCGACGGCAGAAGAAAGCAUCGGCUGCUCAGGCCCAUCGAGUCCUCCGACUGCCGUCCGCCUGGGGAUUGGCGAGGCCGUCCAUCAUCGGACGGGGGGACGAAUUCUUCGUCCGGUUCGGCGACAAGGAACGCGAGGCCGUCGCUUCCUUCGACUUCCUCGACGACAUCGCAGUCUCCUCCGUCGCGCCAUCUUCCGAAGAAUCUCCAGUCAGUCUUCUAGACUUCAUUGACUCACCCACCACUGGCUUCAACCGCAACCUCAUGAAGGUGUCUCCUCUGUGAAAUCGGCUCAAUGUCGUCCAAUCCGUGUAAUUCUUAUUUAUUACUUGUUUCAUGUACAAACCACUAGUCAAGCGAGAAAUUCACGCUUUGUCAAUUAAGACUCAUUUUCUAAAAAGUGUAAACGCUCCUCGAUUUCUAUUCUUGAGGUUCUGUCAAUUGGUAAUUUAAACCAAAAAAACCGGUGUGAAGGCACCAGUUCUUUGGUUGGAAACAGGUGAAUCCACACUGAAUAGUUUUUUGUUCACUGAUUAGAAGAUCUUUGAACCAUUUCUAUUUGCAUAUUGAACUUAUCAUUGUGACAAUCUUUAAAUAUGAAAAAUUAAAAGAGAAAGUUGUUUUUUGAACCGCUGCAAUUGGUCCCUUCAGUCGAAAAUAUUCCGUGUGGAGGCACCCGUUCUUUGGUGAGAAUAGAAAACAGGUGCAUCCACACUGAAUAAUUCUUUUGUAACCUGCUGGAAGGCCCUUGAAUUAAAAUUUCUAUUUGGAAAUUUAAAAAAUCCUUCUAACGAUCUUUGAAUACAAUAAAUUAAAAGAGAAUUCAUUUUUUGAUCCAAAACUUUUUUGUAGAAACGAAGAAUGUGUUUUGAAUAAAACUCGAGAAGGAAAAAUAGGCUCUUAAUUUUUUGGAUGAAUCCAAGGAUGGAUCAGAAAAUUAAUUUUUUAUUUUGUCGGAAGAAUGGAAUAAAUUCAUUCACAAAUAAACACUCCUAGAUUUCUAUCUGUUCCAUUCGAGAAAUAUUCCGUGUGAAGGCACCUGUUCUUCGGUUUUUUUUUUUAAGUGAAACCAGGUGCAUCCACACUGAAUAUAUUCUAUUUAACCGAUUGGAAGAAACUUGCGUUAAAAUUUCAAUAUGAAAAUUCAAAGCACCUUUGUAACAAUUUUUGGAAACUAAAACUUAAAAGAGAAGUUAUGUUUUAAACUAAAAGACAGCUUUUGUUAAGAUGAGGAAAUGGUUUUAAAUCAAAAUCAAGGAGGAAAAAUAAAUUAUCCAUGUUUUUGGUUUUAUCGAAGGAUCGACAUAAAAUCAAGUUUUUAUUUGGCCGAAAAAGCGGAAUAAAUUCGAUUUCUGUUGGAACCUUUAAAAAAAUAUUCCGUGUGGAGGCACCCGUUCCUUAAUUGGAAUCAGAAAAUUCAUUUGUUUAGAACCAAAAGAAUAAAAUGACAGAUGAUCCCAUGUUUACAAAGUUUCGAGACAACUAUUUUUAUUACUUUUGCUUUUCAUCGAACAAUGAGAUUUUUGUUUAAAGUGAAAACAGGUGCGUCCACACUGAUUAGUUUUUUUACUACUUGGAAGCCUCUUGGGCCAAAAUUUAUUUUUGGAAAUUCAAAUAUUCCGUAUAACAAUCUUUAAAUUCUACAAAUACAAAUAGAAUUUAUUUUUUAGAACUAAAAGACAUUAUGUGUUAAAAAGAGGAAUGUGCUUUAAAUCGAAGAUAAAAAGAUUUGUUUUAAAUUCAAAGAUCGAACAGCAAAGUCAGUUCUUAUUUUUUAUCGGACAAAUAGAAGUAAUUCAUGAAAUAUUAAACAUUCUUUUAUUUGUACUGGUACCUUCAAAAAAAUAUUCGGUGUGAAGGCACCUGUUCUUUGGUUGAUAUUAGAAAACCCUUUUUUCUGGAACAACAAAUUUUAACUCGCAGAUGUUUCAAUGCAGCAAAAAUUUGGAAACAACUAUUUUCACUACGUUUUCUCAUUAUCCAACAAAUGUGUUUUUUUUUUUGUUUAAAGUAAAAACAGGUGCCUCCACACUAAAUUUUUUUUUCAACUAUCAAAAUUUUCGAAUCAAAUCCAGAGGGAAGCUUACAAGUAAAAUGUGAGCAUCAAAUUGCCUUAACAGCAAAAUCUAAAAGACGAAAAAAAUCUUCUACAUCAGUUUUAUUACGAAUUUUAAUCUCCAAUGCGAAAAUAAAACUUUGUUCCAAUAAAACUGAAGAAAAGGAAGCAAUAUGGAUAAUGUACUUAAUAAUUAUAAAAUUUUGUUGUGAGAAUUUAACCUGCGCGACAUAAAACCAUCGAAUUUCGUGGGAAGUAACUUGUAUUUUAACUGAAAAGUAAACGAAUUAUUAGGAUAGAUUCUUCAAACCAAAUUGUGAUAAUUUGCUGUAUUUAUAAUGCUAUGAAGAAACGAACCUGUAGUAUAAAAUACCCUCAAUCAGUAAAUUAUAUAAUUAAUUAUUUAUUUAUAUUGAAAAAUAAUUUUAAGCUUUUAAAUUUGUCGCGCUUUUUAAUACAAAAUUUUCAAAAUAUUUACACAAUCUUGUUUCAAAUUACGUUUUGUUAAUAGUAUUUGAAGAUAUCCUCAAGAAAUAAUUUUCGAAAAACCUAAUUCAAAAUAAUAUAACAUUAAAUUAAAUUUUAAUAGUAAGAAUAACUUUCACUUGGAAAUUUUCAUUAAAUUGUGAUUAUAUCUUUUCCAAUCUUUAGUUGUAAAUUAUAUGAUUUUCUCCCAAGUUGCUUUACAUUUUAAGACAACAGAGUACAUCCUAAAAAAGAUCUAAAAUUUAACUUAGAAUCUAGAUUUCUAGAAUAAAACCUCAAUUUUGUACAAGCAAGAUUUGUAUUUUUCUCGCUGAUUUGUACCAUCUAGAGAGAGAGAAAAAUAUCAUCUUCUUGAGGACACAUUUAAAAAGCGGAAAAAAGCAAUGUACAGGUAUUUGCAAAAACUACUCGAAUAAUGUCCGCUUUUGCCGAGAAGAUUGAACCUGUAUACUUUACUUCCAAACGCUAUGUAAGAAUGCAAUUGAAAUUUACUCGAUUGAAACAUAGCGCACGUUAAGUAAUAUUUUAUAGUUGAUAGUAAAUGUCCUAGCGAAGGGUUUAGCAAUCUCAAUAGAAGUGUGAUGCAAGAAAAGAACUCUGAUGUUUACUGAUAAGUCAAUACUGAUUUGCAGCAUUGCUGGAAUAUUGGUGCAAUGUUGCAUCAAAGUUUCGUGUUACUACUGGAGCAAUAUUUAUAAGAACAUUGUAGCAACUUUGUAUCCAUUAUUUAGCAAAUUUUCAGCGAUAUUGUAGCAACUUUGCAGCAAUAAUUUACAACUUUGCAGUGAUACUGUAGCAUCUUUGCAUCAAUUAUUUAGCAAAUUUGUAGGGAUAUUGUAGCAACUUUGCAUUAAUAAUAUAGCCACUUUGCAGCAAUUUUGAGUCAACUUUGCAGCAAUAUUAUAGCAAUUAUUGCAACAACUUUAAAGCAAUAUUGUCGCAACUUUGUGACAACUUUGCAAUAAUAUUGUAGCAACUUUGUAGCAAUACUUUAGCAACUUUGUAUCAAUUAUUUAGCGACUUUGCAGCAACAAUGUGGCAACUUUGCAGUAAUACUAUAUCAACUUUGCAGUGUUAUUGAAGCAACAUUGUAGCCACCUUGUGACAACAUUGCCGCGAUACUGUAGCAACUUUGCAGAAAUAUUGUAACAACUUUGCAACAAUAUUGUAGUAAAUUUGUAACAACUUUGUAUCAAUUAUUUAGAAACUUUGCAUCAAUGAUUUAGCAACUUUGCAGAAAUAUUGUUACAACUUUGCAGUAAUGGUAUAGCAACUUUGCAGUAUUAUUUUAACAACUUUGAAGCAACAUUGUGAAAACUUCCCAAUAAUGCUAUAGCAACUUUGCACUAUUAUUGUAAAAAAUUUGAAGCAAUGUUGUAGCAACUUUGUGACAACAGUGCAGCGAUACUUUAUCAAUUUUGCAGAAAUGUUGUAGCAAAUUCGCAGCAAAAUUGCAGCAACUUUGUAAGAAAUUUGCAGCGAUAUUUCAGCAACUUUGCAUCGAUAAUUGAGCAAAUUUGCAUUAUUAUCGUAGCAAAUUUUGAGCAAUAUUGUAGCAGCUUUGUAGCAAAUUUCUGGCGAUACUGUAGCAACUUUGCGGCAAUUAGUGAAUUUGCAGAAAUUGUGUAGCAACUUUGCAGUUACACUAUAUCAAAUUUGCAGAAAUUUUGUUGUUACAACUUUUCAGCGAUACUGUAGCAACUUUGCAGCAAUAUUGUUGAAACAUUGCAGUCUUGCAUGCAAUGUAAUGUUGCAAAGUACGAUCAAUGUUGCGUGGCAAUCCUGCAUCAAUACUGGAACAACAUUGUUAAACCUUGCCACAAUAUUGUAAUAAUAUUGCAACAUUGUUGCAACCUUUCAGCAAUUUUACAAUGUUAACAACAGUACAACUUUGCAGCAAUAUUCUAACAGCAUUAGAAACAUGCAAAAUUAAUUCCGCAUAGUUGCAAAGUUGCGUCAAUAUUGUGAGACAAGUCUAUCUCGAUGUUGUAAAAAAAUUGCAACAUUGUUGAAACAUUGCAGUGGUCCUGUUUCAAAGUUUCAUUAAUAUUGCAUGAUAAUCCUGCAGCAAUAUUGUAACAUUGCAAUAUUGUUGCAACCUUGCAUCAAUCUUGCAGUUGGGUACGGUCAAAUUAUUAGAGUAAAUACUAGCUCUACACCUAAAACUUCCAGAGGUAGCACAACUGAUAGAAAUACCUAUUUUACACUAAAGUUGUGUAGUCGGCGGAAUAUUGUCAAUAUUCAAAGUUGCUAGCGGUACGAAGACUGUAUUUAAUCGUUUUUUUAAUAAGAUAAAAUUUUUUGAGAGACGAUUGAAUCCUGAACGAUAAUUUAUAAGUUCGAUGGUGGAUUUUUAAUUAAUUUUUAUCGAGGUAAUCAAUGGAAGAUUUUAUUUUUAAUGUAAUUCUUUAUUUAUUAAUAUAUUAACACUUUUUUAUCGCAACAAUUUCAAUCAGCUUAUUUUAGUGUAUAUUUUUUAUUUAAAAUUCUACUUUUAUUUUGGAUUCGUUUCCAUUGAUUUCCUGGAUUUAAAAAUAAACUUUCCUUGUCAAGGCAAAAAGCAAAUUUGUAUUUAUUUGUAAAAUAUAUUUAUGUUCACAGUCUCACAGAACAAUUUACACUGUGAACGAGAUUGUGAAAAAAUUAUGCAACGCAUUCACUGAAUAAAGAAUUUGGUGUAAAGGGGUGAGGAACAAAAAACAUUGUAAAUAAAAUGUAUCAUAUCUUCUCUUUGACUUAAUAAAUAAUGACAAUAUACGAAAUCAAUAAA